GCCGCCAUUAGCAGGUUUCCCGCUGCAAUAUAUCACCGUCACGGCCUCAACCGCGCUGUAACGACACACAAAACCCUCGACUCGCCACGCCGUCCGCGGGAGCGCGUAUGUACGACCAUCACGGUCGUCCUGAUGGUCUCCUCAUGAAACGAUGCUGGCAGCUGGCACGCCCGCAAGAGGCGCCGUCAGCGAAGCGUUGCCGGCUGCUGACAGCAACAAUUCCCCAUGAGCCGAGAGCGCGACGCUGCCACUCGCGCGCGCAAUUGAAGCCUUGCAAGCCUAUGAGCACCCCCGCCGCGCUCGUCUAUCGUGACCCAAGCCCUCAAUCGCAAACACGCCUGCAACCAACCAUGCUACACGCGCCUCGCGCACCUGAAAUUCCAUCUCCAGCGCGUCGGCAGCGCAUCCCUCUGGAGAUCAGCCUGAAAGCCUCACCCUCUCGUCUUAGCUCCAUCUCAACAUUUCUGACAGGGGUCACCCCCCACCGCGUCCGCGGCCUGCGCCACGCUGCAUCCCCUUUCGGAUGCUUAGGUCAUGGCGUCACGCCCUUCUUGGCCUCGGUGGCGAUCCUGAAAGCACGGGACGGGGAGCGCACGCACACGACGCGAUCGCCAGGAGACGAGAUGAGGAUGUUCGCGCGCCCGCAGCCGGUGUCGUCACUCGUGUUUUGGGAAGCGUGGUGUCGGCCAAUGAUGCGCGCCGCGCUGCGUUGCCUGUCCGACACGGUUCGGGAGAUCCUACGUCGCCAAUCUUGAAAGGUUGAAGGUGGAGCGGAUGAGGCGGAUCACAAAGGAAUUUUU